UAUUCACUCUUGUCCGACAAGACUUCCUGCUUCCAAUAUCUCUAUGUAUCUUUCUCCUGUCCUUUCCAAGUUUUCAUCUCUGCCUCUCUAUCAAUCUCCCAAAAACCAGGAAUUAAUUCAAACAUUUUAUCUGUAACCAAAUCCAAGAACUUUCUUUCUUUUUUCUUUUGGGGAGAAAUGAAAUAUAAUUUCCCAUGAUUCCACUCGAAACAAAAUCCAUACUUUACCAUGCAAUAAAAAUCACAGUCAUCUCCUAAACCAAUCUUUCAAUUCUCCCCCGAUCAAAAUCAAAAUGGGGUCUGCAACAUCGUCUAUGGCUGCAAAGUUUGCAUUUUUUCCCCCAGAUCCUCCUUCCUAUAACAUAUUCGUUGAUGAACCGACUGGGAAAAUGAGGAUCUCUGAUGUUCAUCCCAGACAAGAUGUGGACGUGGUGAAGAUCAACACCAAGAAAGGGAACGAGAUUGUUGCCUUGUUUAUCAAAAACCCAUCUGCUUCACUCACAGUGCUUUACUCUCAUGGAAAUGCUGCUGAUAUUGGUCAGAUGUACCACGUUUUCAGUGAGCUUAGUGUUUAUCUGGGUGUUAAUCUAAUGGGGUAUGACUAUUCUGGUUAUGGACAAUCUACUGGAAAGCCAAGUGAGCAGGACACAUAUGCAGACAUAGAGGCUGCAUAUAAAUGCCUUGAAGACACCUAUGGUGUAAAGGAGGAAGAUAUUAUAUUGUACGGACAGUCAGUUGGAAGUGGACCGACUUUGGAUUUGGCUAGUCGUUUGCCUCACGUGAGAGCUGUGAUUCUUCACAGUCCAAUACUUUCUGGCCUUCGAGUAAUGUACCCUGUUAAGAAAACAUUCUGGUUUGACAUUUACAAGAAUAUUGAUAAAAUGCCACUCGUCAAUAGCCCGGUUUUGGUGAUUCAUGGAACUGAAGAUGAUGUGGUGGAUAUUUCCCAUGGUAAGCAGCUGUGGGAGCUUAGCAAAGACAAGUAUGAACCUUUGUGGCUUAAAGGUGGUAACCAUUGUAAUCUGGAACUCUAUCCAGAGUACUUGAGGCAUCUCAGGAAGUUCAUAUCUGCCAUUGAGAAGUUACCACGACACCGGAAUCUAACUGAGCUGAGUCCUCUCAAGACCGUAGACGACAAUGACAAGGCAAGACCAAGCAGUGGGAAGAGGGGCAUGGCUAGGUGGAGCACCGGGCAGCUGAGAGAAAAAUCAAGGAGGAGCACAGAGAAUGGAGAGAAAUCGUCAUCAAGAAGCAGUACUUAUAGUAGAGAGAAAUCAUCGAGAAAGCUAAGUGUGGAUCGAUCUGGGAAGGCAAGGAAUAGCACAGACUCAGAUAGAGCAAGAAACAGCUUCGACCGCUUGGGAGAUAUGGUGAGAUCAGUUGGAUUGUGCAAUGUUGAUUGUAUGAAGCCGGCAGCUUUCGAGGCUUGAGGCUGACAGAAAGAUUGAGUGAACAUAUAUUCUUAGACUCCAUGUUUGGUGGAUGGAUGUUUGGCUCAAGGGAAUGACUUUUACCCAAGAUUUUAUUUUUCCUUUUGGUAUAGGGGCCCCUUCUCCCAAGUUUUUAUCAACUGGUAAAUUGGUAAUAAUAUCAUACCCCACUCUUCAUUUGGGUC